UCCUUACUAAGGCUUCUGCCCUAUUACAGAACAGAAAACUCACCUGAUGAGCUUACUAAUGUGUCAAGAGACCCAUGCAUAUGUACAUAUACAGGAUAUACAGGUUGGAUAUACAAGGGGUUUGCAUGUAUCCACGGAUACGUACAAACCUAGGCUGAACGUCCGGACUGAUGGCCACAACGACUUCCUAAGCGGGCAAGCCGCGACGGUGUGAUGAUCAGUUUGCUUCCGAUCGGUGAAUUGCCGAGACGUACGUGCAGUGCAAGCUUCGUAUAAGACUUGCCUUGGUGCGCCUGGCUGCUUGACGUUCGCUUGUCUUCUGUGGUGUUCAGAAGCCUCGCUUUUUUGCCGCUUCGACUUCAUCAGGUCUCGAGGGUCAGUGACGACCCCACACUCGCCACUAUCGCCAUGGAGAUUCAAGACGACAUCGACAAGAAGCCACGGGCUGAUUACAUCGAUGAUGCUGUUCAUGCGCCCGCAGGGCAGUCGAAGUUGACUGUUCCUCCGCUUGUUGCGGCCAUGUCCCAAGAGCAACGAGUGGCGGCUGAAGCGAAGUUGAGGAAGAAGGUCGACACAAGGUUGCUACCGAUGAUCAUUCUCAUGUACAUCAUGAACUACCUUGAUCGAAACAACAUCGCGGCAGUUCGAUUGGCGGGUCUGCAGGAUGAGUUGAACCUGAGCAGCGUGCAGUAUCAGACCACCGUCUCGAUCCUCUUUGUCGGAUACGUAGGUAUGCAAGUGCCGUCGAAUUUGUUCCUGAACAAGACUGGAAAGCCUGCGCUUUACUUGCCAUCUUGCAUGAUCAUCUGGGGCAUAAUCAGUGGUCUGACUGGUGCCUGCCAGAACUUCGCUGGGCUAGCUGCUUGUCGCUUUUUCCUCGGCUUCAUUGAGGCAGCGUACUUUCCUGGAUGUCUCUUCUACCUCUCGUCUUGGUACACGCGCAAGGAACUUGGUCUGCGAACUGCGAUUCUGUAUUCCGGCUCGCUCAUCUCAGGUGCUUUCGGUGGUCUUAUCACAGCGGGUAUCACCAGCAACAUGAACGGAACGCACGGUUUGCGGGCGUGGCGCUGGGUCUUUAUUCUUGAAGGCAUCAUCACUGUCAUCAUCGCUUUUGCAGCGUUCUUCAUUCUUCCGAACUUCCCGCGUACGACAAAAUGGCUGAGCGAGGAAGAGCGCCAACUCGCUGUCUACCGAUUGCAGGAAGACAUUGGCGAGGAUGAUUGGACUUCCGCCGAGCAGCAGACGUUUUUCCACGGCCUCAAGCUUGCGUUGGUGGACAUCAAGACCUGGAUCUUCACAGUCUUGCUUCUGUCCAUCGUCUCCUCUGCGUCCGUAACGAACUUCUUCCCGACCGUUGUCAAGACGCUCGGCUACGACAAUAUCCAUACGUUGCUCCUGACAGCACCUCCUUACGUGCUCGCUGUCAUCACGACGUUCUUGAAUGCGUGGCACGCCGACAGGACCGGCGAGCGCUUCUGGCACAUCGUCUUACCGCUCUGCGUUGGUGUCUUCGCCUUCAUCCUCGCCGCUGCUACGCAUACCACAGGACCACGUUAUGCAGCUAUGAUGUUGAUGGUUCCCGGCGUAUACACCGGGUACGUCGUGGCUCUGGCCUGGAUAUCAAAUUCGAUGCCGCGACCGCCCGCGAAACGUGCUGCUGCGCUCGCUUUCAUCAAUGCGAUCUCGAAUACGAGCAGUAUCUACGCGAGUUACAUGUAUCCACAGCCCAAGAGCGGCGCACAGCCCAACCUGACGAUCCCUCUUAGUGUUGACUGCGCGACUGCGGGAUUGGCCAUCAUUAUGACGAUCAUCAUGAGGAUCAUUCUGGGUAGACUGAAUAAGAAGUUGGAUAGAGGAGAGCAUGUUGAGGGAGCGAUCAAUGCGGUCCCUGGCGAGGCGCAGGAGCGAGGGUUCAGGUUCUUGGUGUAAAACUCUUGGUUCUAGAGAUCUUAGAGCAUGAUCAUCGAAUACAAACACAAC